AGAAGGAAUUAGUGUUAUAGGGCCAAAAAAUGGGAUCAUUAUAGAUGGUGGUGAUACGCAUUAUAUUGGCAACAUGGGCCGUCAUGGCAACAACAAAGGCAACAAUAAUGGAGGGUGAUGAGAAUGGAUGUGCUGACCAGCAUGCAAAUCUUGCAUCUUGUAUUCCUUUUGUGAGUGGAACUGCAAAGAAACCAGCACCACAGUGUUGCCAAGACACACAAAAAAUGAAGGCCAACAAGCCAAAGUGCUAGUGCAUCCUCAUUAAAGAGAGCACUGAUCCUUCAUUCGGUCUCCCAGUCAACACCAUUGCUCUUCAUAUGCCAUCAGCUUGUAAUAUUGAUGCUAAAGUUUCUGACUGCCCUAGUAUUUUGAACCUAUCACCAAAUUCACCAUAUGCAAAGAUCUUUAAAGAAGUUGGUUCUUCAAACAAGAGUUGAAGUUCAAGUUCGAACUCGGUUUCGAAGGCAACCCCUAGUAGCAGCAAUGAUAUAGAGAAAGUGAAAGUAUUUCAUGGAGGAAUUUGCCUUGUGUUGAUUGCUUUAAUUGCAUGGAUUUUCAUAUGA